AGACCUCUUCCCCCUUAUGAAACGUCUUGAGCGGUAUCAGAAGCCGACCAACAACGACACCCACGGCUACGAUGGCCCCAUCGCUAUCAGCAACGGCGGGCAAAUCCAGCCCGUCGCUCAUGACUUCCUCCGGGCCGCGCACGCCAUUGGCAUCCCCUACAGCGACGACAUUCAGGACCUGAAGACCUCCAACGCCGCUGAAAUCUGGGCCAAGUACAUCAACCGCGAGACCGGUCGGCGCAGCGAUGCUGCAACCGCCUACGUCCACAGCGUCAUGGACGAGCAGAACAAUCUGUACCUCCGCUGCAACGCCCGCGUGUCGCGCGUGCUCUUCGACGCCAACAACAAGGCCGUCGGCGUCGCCUAUGUUCCGUCGCGCAACCGUGCGUCCGGCGGCAAGGUAUACGAAACGGUCGUCAAGGCGCGCAAGAUGGUCGUCCUCAGCUCUGGCACCCUCGGCACCCCGCAGAUCCUCGAGCGCUCUGGUGUCGGCAACGCUGAGCUCCUCCGCGAGCUCGGUAUCAAGGUCGUCAGCGACUUGCCUGGCGUCGGUGAGGAGUACCAGGACCACUACACUACCCUCUCCAUCUACCGUGUCUCGAACGACACUCAGACGACCGACGACUUCCUGCGCGGUGUCAAGGAGGCUCAGCAGGAAAUCUUCGCCGAGUGGGAGCAGAGCCCCGAGAAGGCUCGCUUGUCUUCGAACUCUAUCGACGCUGGAUUCAAGAUCCGCCCGACCGAGGAGGAGCUGAAGGAAAUGGGCCCGGAGUUCAACGAGCUCUGGGACCGCUACUUCAAGGACAAGCCCGACAAGCCCGUCAUGUUCGGCUCUAUCGUCGGCGGCGCCUACGCUGACCACUCGCUCUUGCCGCCCGGCAAGUACAUCACGAUGUUCCAGUACCUCGAGUACCCGGCCAGCCGUGGCAAGAUCCACGUCAAGUCGACGAACCCAUACGUCGAGCCGUUCUUCGACUCCGGCUUCAUGAACAACAAGGCCGACUUCGCGCCGAUCCGCUGGAGUUACAAGAAGACGCGUGAAAUUGCGCGCCGCAUGGACUCCUUCCGCGGCGAGCUCACGUCGCACCACCCGCACUUCCACCCCAACUCGCCCGCGGCGUGCAGGGACAUCGACAUCAGGACCGCGAAGGAGCUGCUCCCGAACAGCUUGACCGUUGGUAUCCACAUGGGUACCUGGCACAAGCCGGGCGACGUGUACGACGCGAAGAAGGUACACGACGACCUCGCCUACACGAAGGACGACGACGACGCGAUCGACAACUGGGUCGCCGACCACGUCGAGACCACCUGGCACUCGCUCGGUACCUGCGCGAUGAAGCCUCGCGAGAAGGGCGGUGUCGUCGACAAGCGCCUCAGCGUGUACGGCACGGAGAACCUCAAGUGCGUCGACUUGAGUAUCUGCCCGGAUAACUUGGGGACGAACACCUACUCCUCCGCGCUCCUCGUCGGCGAGAAGGGUGCUGACCUCAUCGCUGAGGAACUCGGCCUCAAGAUCCGCCUCCCGCAUGCGCCCGUGCCGCAUGCUCCUCUCCCGACUGGCAAGCCGUCGACUCAGGUCCGGUGAAGUGUCUUUGGGCCCGCUGCGACGGCGCCUUGGGGAAAGGCGUCCGGUGCCUGUCGCUUGUGUUAGGUGUCGGAAGAGUUGUAUUGUACGAAUACCCUGUCAGCGCGGAGUUAUUGUUGUACGAGUAAGCCUGCCAGUGCGGCCUUCAUGUACUUCUACCUGCAAUCUUAUCACGGUCCAUGCAA